AUGGGAUAUCUGUAUAAGGAUGUUAGAGGGGUGAUGCCUGACAUGUACGACUUCAACAAUCACAUUUGGUUGUGCCACUUCUUUGGAGGCCAAAUGCUACAAUUUAAUAGCAUUCAACCUGCUAUCAAUGUGCUGAAAGAAAUUCAAGUGUUCCUUGAUGCCAACCCUUUGGAGAUCAUUACAAUCUUCAUAGAAGAUUAUGUCACAUCACCUCACGGCCUAACUAAGGUAUUCAAUGCCGCCAGCCUUAGGAAAUUUUGGUUUCUGGUAUCAGGGAUGCCUAAAAAUGGGCAGGAUUGGCCCAUCAUCGAUGAUAUGAUUAGUAAGAACCAGCGUUUGUUGGUAUUCACCUCAAAAUCAGCCAAGGAGGCUUCUGAAGGCAUUGCCUAUGAGUGGAGAUACAUUGUAGAAAACCAAUGUAAGCCCUGUUUUCUCUCCUUUCAUAAAUCUAUCAUUGAUUCUCUUUUUAUUGGUUUUGGUGAUUGGGCUGAAACUGCAGAUGGUGACAGUUGGAUGAAGGCGAGUUCUUAUCCUAAUCGUGCGGAAUCAUCUCCCAUGAACACAACAACAAGAUCCCUUGUUUUAGAGAACUAUUUCCUUGACAAUCCUAAUUUAGCGACAACUUGUAAGGACAACUCAGCUCCACUUACUAGCAUGACCGGUACAUGCCAUGAAGCAGUAGGAAAACGAUGGCCCAACUUCAUUGCUGUCGAUUUCUACCAGAGAAGUGAUGGAGGGGGAGCCCCACAAGCCCCACCGGAUAAUCCUAGCCAUCCGUUUUUUCUCUUUCUUUCUUUCUUUCUUUCUUUCUUUUUGGACUUUUGAGUAUAAAAACAUGUAUGCUUUGGGAUGAGUCACUGUCUGCCUAGUUGGUUUCAUUUGUUGUUGAAUUGCACACUGAAACCGAGUUUUAAGAACCUUGCUUCUAGCUGAGGGGAAACAGUAUAAGAACCAUAGACUUGGUCCGUCUUGAUACAUGUAAGAGUAUUUUAGAAGUUUCAAUUUUUUUGUUGACUCCUGACUCACUUUAUAGUUUAUACUACCAGAUGUAUUGUAGAUUGUUUUUUUCUCUCCAUUUUACUCUUUGAAUGUAGUGGUUAUUAAUCACUGGUUAUUUUCCUAGGCCCAUUCCAGAUAGUAAAUCACUGUCUUAUGUCUAACUUUUCAAUCAUUUCCUAUUGGUUCCAAAGGCAGGAGAAAGCUUUUCUUAUAUUUUCUGAGUUGAGCAUUUCUGCUGGCUAGGCUGAUGCUAGGCCUUUUUAUUGGCUAUGCGCUUGCAGGUAAUUUC